UCCAGCUGCCGCUGCCGCCGCCGCUUCCUUGGCUGAGUCCGCCCGCGGUCCGGCGGCUCCAGGUGUGUUCACCCCGCCCAGCUGCCAGAGCCCGCCGCCGCCGUAGCUGCCCCGGCUCCUCGCCCCGCUUCCGAGAUGGCGACGCGCUCCUGCCGGGAGAAGGCUCAGAAGCUGAAUGAGCAGCACCAGCUCAUCUUGUCCAAGCUGCUGAGGGAGGAGGACAACAAGUACUGCGCCGACUGCGAGGCCAAAGGUCCUCGAUGGGCUUCCUGGAAUAUUGGUGUGUUUAUUUGCAUCAGAUGUGCUGGAAUCCAUAGAAAUCUUGGGGUUCAUAUAUCCAGGGUCAAGUCAGUCAACUUAGACCAAUGGACACCAGAACAGAUACAGUGCAUGCAAGAUAUGGGAAAUACUAAAGCAAGACUACUCUAUGAAGCCAAUCUUCCAGAGAAUUUUCGAAGACCACAGACAGAUCAAGCAGUGGAAUUUUUCAUCAGAGAUAAAUAUGAAAAGAAGAAGUACUACGAUAAAAAUGCAAUAGCUAUUACAAAUAUUUCCUCCUCUGAUGCUCCUCUUCAGCCUUUGGUGUCCUCUCCUUCUCUACAAUCUGCUGUUGAGAAAAACAAAUUGGAGAAAGAAAAGGAAAAAAAAAAGGAAGAGAAAAAGAAAGAAAAGGAACCAGAAAAGCCUGCAAAACCUAUUACAACUGAAAAGCUGCAGAAGAAAGAAGAUCAGCAGUUGGAGCCUAAAAAAAGUACCAGCCCUAAAAAAACUGCAGAGCCCACUGUUGAUCUUUUAGGACUUGAUGGCCCUGCCGAGGCACCAGUGACCAAUGGGAACACAACCACGGUGCCAUCCCUGAAUGAUGAUCUGGACAUCUUUGGACCAAUGAUUUCUAAUCCCUUACCUGCAACGGUCAUACCCGCAGCUCAGGGGACACCCUCUAUACCUGCGGCUGCCACUCUGUCUACAGUAAUAUCUGGGGAUCUGGAUCUCUUCACUGAGCAAGCUACAAAGUCAGAAGAGGUAGCAAAGAAACAACUCUCCAAAGAUUCUAUCUUAUCUCUGUAUGGCACAGGAACCAUUCAGCAGCAGAGCACCCCUGGUGUGUUUAUGGGACCCACAAAUAUACCAUUUACCUCACAAGCACCGACUGCAUUUCAAGGUUUUCCACCAAUGGGCGUGCCUGUGCCUGCACCUGCAGCUCCUGGCCUUCUAGGAAAUGUGAUGGGACAGAGUACAAGCAUGAUGGUGGGCAUGCCCAUGCCCAAUGGGUUUAUGGGAAACGCACAAACUGGUGUGAUGCCACUUCCCCCAAAUGUGGUUGGCCCCCACGGAGGAAUGGUGGGACAGAUGGGCGCGCCCCAGAGUAAGUUUGGCCUGCCGCAAGCUCAGCAGCCCCAGUGGAACCUCUCACAGAUGAAUCAGCAAAUGGCCGGCAUGAGUAUCAGCAGUACAAACCCCGCAGUGGGUUUUGGCCAGCCCCCCAGCACAACAGCGGGCUGGUCUGGAAGCUCAUCGGGUCAGACUCUCAGCACACAGCUGUGGAAAUGAAAACUGCACUGCAAGUUUCAUCCAGAACUACCACCUGACAUUCCUUGCUAAAACGCAUCUAGUUCCCCUGUUUAUUCAUGUACAUAUUUUUUUUUUCUUUUUCCCCAUUUGUUCAUAUGAAGAAUUAUCUGACUGACCGUGUUGGUCUGUACAGAUUAAAUUUGAUGUGAAAAGCAGGUUGAGAAACGAUUUUAUGUCAAGGGCAGCUUUGCUCAUUUCCCAUGAUUUCGUAAACCACAUUAUUUGAGAAGCUGCUCAGUCAACUUGCAUAAUCAGUUUUACUCUCGAUAAAAGUAUAGCUCUAAUGUUUGCAUAUAAGGGAAGUAGUUAUCAUGUUAGUAAUACCUCUAACAGUAUAAACCCCACCCCCAAAUUAGCCAGUAAUCCUGUAGGAAGGUACUGUAUGAUCAAAUGUUUAAUCAUAUAAAUAGAAUGUAAAUGUGUCACUGAGCACUGUUUUCUAGUGUAUCAAAGUUCUUUUAUUUCAUCAUUCACUUCACUGUGCUGUUGUUAUGAUGUGCUUAACAGGGAACGUGGCUAGUGAAAGGAAGAUAAACCUGGAUGUUACUACAAAACUUAGUUUAACGAAUGUUUAAAGAACUCAAAUUUUAUCUGCCUCUCUUGUAAUUUGGAUCUCUUCUUAUGUACAUAGUGCUAAUAACAUGAAGACCUUUCUCUGCACUAUAUGCAAACAGGGUAACUAAACAAAGCCACUUUCAAUCCUUGAAGGUAUAUCCAGGUUUAUGACAGUAAUUGUGUUUACAUUUUAUGGUGCCUAGUAUUGACAAAAUGUUAUAUCCCUAUAUUAAACAGAUAAAUCCAUA